CAGGUUAUCAACAAUACAACAAAUAAUAAACAAGACAAGUGAACAGAGUGUGUACCAACUACCGAUUUGCCGUAUUAAAUAAAGUAAUCGCGUCCUAUAAAUUCUAAUACACCUGUCGUAUACUGCAAUAAUGCAUGCAGUUCUAUAAUCCCCACUUUCCGUACUCCAGUACACUAAGCUCCGUAGUUCAUUCGUUAUUUUGAUGUCGUGAUAUUCGUUCGGUUCGAUCCAGUAGUUCGGUGAAUCAUAAUUACAUAAUAUCUAGAACAUUUGAUUAUUGUUAUUACCAUCAUUAUCUGAUCGAUCUAUACGUUACUUAUUUAUUUAACGGUAUACUUCCGAGCCAGAGUUCCAGACUUUAGACGGAUAUCGAGUUUCACGGUGCGUUAUCCGGUCAAACUUGAAUGCGAUAAUCGUACACGCGAUGCGCCGAAGUCUUAUAACCUAGCCGGAAGUGCGAUUGACCAACAAUGGACCGUUUAGUUGGUCGUGAAGAUGCAGUCGAUGAUGACGCCUGCCCUUCACAACGGGAAAUCGAUUGUAAACCGUAGUAAUUACCCGUAGCCUCGAAUACAUACAUUGAUUUCAUGGAAUUUUGUAAAUAUUUGUUGCUCACCAUUUUCCUGUUUCAAAUGGUUUCAGUUGGAGCAAGACAAGCAUUUGAUUUCCUUGGAUUUAUGUGGGGAUCUGUAUUAGCAAACUUCUUUGAACUUUUGUUUAUUAUUUUUGGAAUAUUUGGUGUAUUGCAGUCAGAUGUAUUAUACUUAUUAUCAUAUUCAGCAUGGAGUAUUGUUUGGUGUAUAUGGAAUAUAUUUGUAGUUUUAUAUUAUUUGGAAUUGCCAAUUUUUAGUAGUAGCUUUGAUGUGAUGAGCCUUGGUGCAGAUAGUGUUAGUUGGUGGGAGUCUAAUGGUCCUGGUUGCAGAGUAUUUUUUUAUCCAAAUCAUACUGGUAUCGAAGAAGAUGCUAUUAAACCAAUUAGACCAGAUUUGAUCACUGGAUGUGUUAUGGAUUAUCAAAAAAUUGAAACAGCUCAAGCAUCCAUACAAAUCCUUUUUGCUGUUUUUGGUAUUCUUUGCAGCUUGUAUGUAUCAUGUUGUUCAAAAUCUAGAGAUGAAGGUAUUUACUACAAAAGUAAGCAACCAAAAACUAUUACACCAAUAUACUCGAUUGAAUAUAGUUCACGCCGAGGAGAUGAAAUUGAAGAAAUAAGUACCAUCAGUGGCAGUGAAGAUGGUGAUUUAGAUGCACAAAGUUCACAAAGUAAACCCAUGACACCCAGACGAGUAAAACGAAGAAGUGUAACUUCUAGAGGUACUUUACCUCCUCCUCAUCAAGCUCCACCGCCAUAUCUUAGACGACAAUCCAGCUCUCAAUAUUCUAGUCGAAGACAUAAAAAUCCUGUUUCUAGACUUAUCCAACAACAGUAUUCAAAUAAUGGUUUGAACGAUUCAUCAACAUCAAAUGAUUCAAGCCACCCAUUAUUCCCAGAAUGUCGAGUUGAACUAAGACAUGUUAAUAGAGGCAUUGUGAAUCCUGCUUUAGAUACAGAAUCUGAACGUCCGACAUCAGCUCGUUCAACAUAUUCAAAUUUCCAUGGAGCACGAGGUCGACCUAGACAAGUUAGCACUCAUUCAACUUUUUUUGCUCCAUCAGAACAACCUCCACCAGCUUAUCGUAGUAAUGCUUCUGUUAAUUCUGAAACUGUUAUAUGAUUUAGAAAAACUUUAAAAAUGUAGUUCAAAGUAGAUAAAUUUUAAGAUCUCAUUUUUAUUUUAAACAAUUUUACUACUUA